AUGUCGGACGACGAAGCAGACCCCGAGUUGAUUGCUCUUCUGCGCAAGACACUGGGAUUGGGAGGCUCUUCAGAUCCUCGAACCGCAGAGACAAAAGUGCUGGAGAAUGCGCAAUAUGCUUUCGACAAUGCGAUCGACGUCGCAUUGAACCCCUCCAAGACGAAAGAAGCCGCGGAGACGAUAUGGAACCUGAUGCAGAAGAAGGAAUACUCCACACAGACAUGGACAGAGCACGAACUACACCCAAAAACGAAAGACGAGAACACGGUCGACUUCAUCUUCACUAUGGAUCUCCUCAAUUUCAGUUUCUGGUCCGAGCUCCCUAGCGAGAAGCGUUUCGCGAUUGAGUACCGAGGAAGGAAGUGGACGGGGUACUGGAGCUUGGUUGCUGCCUUACAGAGAGCUUUGGAUGAGGACAUUCCAAUCACCACUCCGGAGUUUUGGACCAAGGAAGAUGAAUGUACCGAGGAACUCAUCAAGCAUGUCUUUCGCUCUGCCACCGAUGAAGAGAUUCCUAUGCUUCAGGAACGCCUUCAAUGCCUGCGAGAGGCAGGUCGCGUUCUUUGCAGAGAGUAUGAAGGUAGUUUUGUGAACUGCAUCUACAACUCUAACUACUCUGCGGCUUCGCUGGUGAAUUUGCUAGCAGAGAGCUUCUCCUGCUUUCGGGACGAAACCACCUUCCACGGGCGGAGAGUGCGAAUCUACAAGCGGGCUCAGAUCUUGGUUGCGGACCUUUGGGCUUGCUUCAACGGUGAGGGGUAUGGAGAGUUUAAUGAUAUCGACAAAAUCACCAUGUUUGCAGAUUAUCGAAUCCCUCAGAUGCUGCACCAACUCGGCUGUAUGUCAUACUCGCCGCCCUUGGAAAGCCACAUACGCAGAUUGCAGCCGAUACCUAGUGGCUCCAACUGGGAAAUUGAACUGCGAGCGACCAGUAUCUGGUGUGUCGAAUUGAUAAGAAGGGAAAUCGAACGCCGACAUCCAGAAACCAGGGUGAACCCGACAGUGAAAUCCAACAAACCCACGGCGUCAGAAGAAGACGAAGACACCGAAGAUCACCAGCAGAAAUGCUCAACCCAGAAGUUUGUCAAGAAGGAGCCCGUCGAAAAACCGGCUGGAAUGGGCGUGAACGCUAUCUUGAUAGAUUUCUUCCUCUAUGACACCAUGAAAGAAUUAGAGAAGGCCGGACAGGAGUCCAUCCCGCAUCAUCGGACAAGGAGUAUCUGGUAUUAG